UGAAUGAUGUAAUUCAUUUAGGUUAAUAACAGACAAAUCCUAUCACAAAAAUACAAAAUCCAUCGCAUGCUUUAGCAUCCCUUGUUCAAAGUUAGGACAAGAAAAAAUUACAAGAACAUCAAGUAAAUAAAAAUUGAAAAAAAAGGGACAAAGUAAGUCUGUAAAAAGUCCCCAACUCUUGACCAGCUUCAUAACAACUCUGCAAUUUAUAAUAAUACAAGAAACCUCAAAGCACAUCCGGUUCUGGAAGAAGUAAAAACUGGAGCUCAAACAGUUAUCUUGUAAAAAAAAUAGUAUUUAAUUAAAAAAAAAAAAAAGAAGGCACUGAUUAUACCCGGAAAUGGUAGAAGAAAAAGAAUAAACCAAGGUCUUUGCUUGGGAACCACCUUCAAAUCUGUGACAGAGACGGCAGUUUCAUUUACUCAGUUCCUACCUAUUCUGCUGCUCAAACACCCUCUUUAUUUAUUUAAAUCUCUCUUCUUUUUUUUCACUCCCUGUUGAAUUUCUUUGUUGGGUUUUUCUCUAGAUUUUUUAAAAAUAUUAUUUAUUUAGUAAUAUAAUAGUAGAAGAGAAAGAAAGAUGGGAACUUUGUUUUAUUAUGGCUCUUUGUGAGUUCUCUCCAAGGCAAAAACGAAGUCUUCUCUUUUCACACCUUUCAAUCUUAAAAAACAUGAGAAGAAGAAUCUAGGGUUUGACAACACCAAUUCCAACAAAGUUUUUUUUUUUUUGGGUAGGAGAACUGUUUCUGCUAUAGAAAUCUUUGUUGGUAGUGAUCUGAAAUUUGAAUUUGAAUUUUUUUGUUUAAAUAUUAAUGUUUUUGUGGUAUGUUUUAGUUUAAGUAAUUUGGGUUGAUGAAUUAGGAUCCUUGUGGGAUUUGGGGUAACAUGGAGGAGGUUGAGGAAACUAACAAGGCAGCAGUAGAGAGCUGCCAUAGAGUUUUGAGUAUUUUAUCUCAACCUCAAGAUCAGGUUCAUUAUAGAAAUUUAAUAGCUGAAAUGGGGGAAGCUGUUUUUAGGUUCAAAAGAGUAGUUUCUCUUUUAAACGCUGGUUUGGGACAUGCAAGAGUAAGGAAGCUAAGGAAAUUACAAACCCCGUUUCCUGAGAGCAUCCUUUUGGAUAAUCCACACCCUAAGGCUACAGAUUAUCCAUCCAGGAAUUUGCAGCUUGGUUACCAUGAAAGUUCAGUUCAAGAAUUGAGUUCACAUUCCAAGAAUUCUCUCCAUUUAGGAAAACUAUCUUUAGAAUUGAGUUCAAAUGGGGAAAACCCUCUUCAACUCAUUCAACCGGCGCCAUCCGGUCACUAUCAUUUCCUCCAACAACAGCAACAGCUGCAACAGAGGUUACAGCUCCAGCAGCAGCAGCAACAGCAACAACAGCAAAUGAAACAUCAAGCUGAAAUGAUGUUUAGGAAGAGUAGCUCUAGCUGCACACCUCCCAUGUCAUCAACUAGGUCUUUCAUUUCUUCCUUGAGUAUAGAUGGUAGUGUAGCGAACUUGGAUGGUGAGAGUGUCUUUCAUUUAAUUGGGGUGCCUCCUCCCUCAGAUCAGGGUUCGCAACAGAAGAGGAAGUGUUCUGGUAGAGGAGAAGAUGAGAGUGUCAAAUGUGGAAGUAGUGGUAGAUGCCACUGCUCCAAAAAGAGGAAACAUAGAGUAAAAAGAUCAAUCAAAGUGCCUGCUAUCAGUAACAAGCUUGCUGAUAUUCCUCCUGAUGAUUAUUCAUGGAGGAAAUAUGGGCAGAAGCCAAUCAAGGGUUCUCCUCACCCUAGGGGAUAUUAUAAAUGUAGCAGUAUAAGAGGUUGCCCUGCAAGGAAGCAUGUGGAGAGGUGCUUGGAAGAGACAUCCAUGCUUAUUGUUACCUAUGAAGCUCGAAACUCUGAAAUGACAUGACUAAGGUGUACGAAACUGGUUGAGUUCAAAGAUGGGAUGAGUUGGCAACCAAUUAUAUAUAUAAAGAAUGGUUUCUGAGUUUGUUGAACCAAUCAGUUUCAAUUUCUUGUUUGUUUCCUUUCCCUUUAAGAAUUAUUGAUGUUAAAUUCUUGUGAGCCUUAAAACAAGGCAAGUGAGUUACGUAGAGCAUCCAACACGGGCAACAUGCUUUGACAAAACAUGGCAAUAAUAGCAUUUCCUCUUUACUCGGUUCCAAAACCACGGCAGGAAUGAACCUAAAAUUUAACCCAUAUGGUUCACUCUAGCAAAGCUGGAGUUCGAUCUCCAACGUUUGCAAAUUCUCCUUCCCCGAUUUGGCCUACUUGUUUGAAGGAGUACCUGUGCUAUAAAGGUAGAAUUUCCACAGCAUUCAAGUAAAUCUAAAAUAUGGGAUUUGAAGAAAAUAUGGUACUACCCUUGAAUAGUUAUGAUGGAGGUUGAUUUAAAAUUCUGGAGUUAUUGAUUGUCAAAGGAAUGAAGAUGGGGUCAAAAGUGUCACUCGCCUAGUUCGUAUUAUUCUCAAACCGUGCUAUAGUGUUUGCUGCAACCUUAGGUAACAAGUACGAUGGCUUAAAAGAUGAAUGAGGUCGUACGAGCUAACAAUUUGUUACUGGGAUCUCCAAUCAGAGAGAGUCAAUCUGUUUAACUACAUCAUGACAUAAGGAACGCGAAAUAGAUGUUUAUGACGUUUGGUUCUCGGCAAAGUAAGCUUUCCUCGUCUUAUUAGGUCUAUUUAAAAAAAAAAAAAAAAACUUAAUUUUUUUUAACUACUAGUUCA